AUGUCCAUACUCCUUGGCGCCUACUUUCUUGGACUAAUAUCGCCACACUUGAUGGUGCUGCUCAAUGCCAGGGUCGCAGCUGCUACUAUAUACCAGACUAUCGAUCGAGUACCGAAGAUAGACGCCUAUUCACAAGCAGGCCAGAAACUCGAUCAAGUUAAAGGUCGCGUAGUAUUUGAAAAUGUUCACUUCAGAUAUCCGAGCAGGAAGGAUGUUAAGGUCUGUUAA